CGGGGCCCAUUUCCUUUGCCCCGUCCUCUGGCGUCUCGGCUGGUUCCCUGCGAUCGCGCGUAGUCAGCGCCGGCGCAGUCGCCGGCUGUUCCCGCCCUCAUCGCCGCCCCGGCCGCGUCCCCGGUGGCCGCUGGUAGCGUCUGUGCCAUGGGGCUGCCUACUCUGGAGUUCAGCGAUUCCUACUUGGACAGCCCGGAUUUCAGGGAGCGCCUGCAGUGUCACGAGAUUGAACUGGAGCGAACCAACAAGUUCAUCAAAGAGCUCAUUAAGGACGGCUCUCUGCUCAUUGGGGCGCUGAGGAAUCUGUCUAUGGCAGUACAGAAAUUUUCCCAGUCACUGCAAGAUUUCCAGUUUGAAUGUAUUGGUGAUGCUGAAACAGAUGAUGAAAUUAGUAUCGCUCAGUCACUAAAGGAAUUUGCAAGAUUACUCAUUGCAGUAGAAGAAGAAAGGAGGAGACUGAUUCAAAACGCUAAUGAUGUGUUAAUUGCUCCACUUGAGAAAUUUCGCAAAGAACAGAUAGGUGCAGCAAAAGAUGGAAAGAAGAAGUUUGACAAGGAGAGUGAAAAGUACUAUUCUAUUCUUGAUAAACAUUUAAAUUUAUCUGCAAAGAAAAAGGAAUCUCAUUUGCAAGAGGCAGAUACACAGAUUGACCGAGAACAUCAAAAUUUUUAUGAAGCAUCACUAGAGUAUGUCUUUAAAAUUCAAGAGGUUCAAGAAAAAAAGAAGUUUGAAUUUGUUGAACCGCUUUUGUCAUUCCUUCAGGGUUUAUUUACUUUUUACCACGAGGGAUAUGAACUCGCCCAGGAAUUUGCACCAUAUAAGCAACAACUUCAAUUCAAUUUGCAGAAUACAAGGAAUAAUUUUGAAAGUACUCGACAAGAAGUAGAGCGGUUGAUGCAAAGAAUGAAAUCUGCCAACCAGGAUUACAGACCACCCAGCCAGUGGACAAUGGAAGGCUACCUUUAUGUCCAGGAGAAACGACCCCUUGGUUUUACAUGGAUUAAACAUUAUUGUACAUAUGAUAAGGGAAGUAAAACAUUUACAAUGAGUGUUUCAGAAAUGAAAUCCAGUGGGAAAAUGAAUGGCCUUGUUACUGGCUCACCAGAAAUGUUUAAAUUGAAAUCUUGUAUCCGACGAAAGACAGAUUCAAUUGACAAACGGUUCUGCUUUGACAUAGAAGUAGUUGAAAGGCAUGGAAUCAUCACAUUGCAGGCAUUCUCAGAAGCUAAUCGGAAACUCUGGCUCGAAGCCAUGGAUGGUAAAGAACCGAUUUACACGCUGCCUGCCAUUAUUAGCAAGAAAGAAGAAAUGUACUUAAAUGAAGCAGGGUUCAACUUUGUGAGAAAAUGCAUUCAAGCUGUGGAAACAAGAGGCAUCACUAUUUUAGGUCUCUACCGAAUAGGAGGAGUAAACUCCAAAGUUCAGAAACUCAUGAACACAACAUUUUCUCCCAAAUCCCCUCCUGAUGUUGACAUUGAUAUUGAAUUGUGGGAUAAUAAGACAAUAACAAGUGGACUAAAAAACUACCUCAGAUGUCUUGCAGAACCAUUGAUGACUUACAAGUUACACAAAGAUUUUAUUGUUGCAGUUAAAUCUGAUGACCAAAACUACCGGGUGGAAGCUGUACAUGCACUGGUGCACAAACUACCAGAAAAAAACAGAGAGAUGCUGGACAUCUUAAUAAAACACCUCGUCAAAGUAUCACUACACAGCCAACAAAAUCUCAUGACUGUCUCUAACCUUGGUGUUAUAUUUGGCCCAACUCUCAUGAGAGCACAAGAAGAAACUGUGGCUGCCAUGAUGAAUAUUAAAUUUCAGAAUAUUGUGGUUGAAAUUCUGAUCGAGCACUAUGAAAAGAUUUUUCAUACUGCCCCAGACCCAAGCAUUCCUCUUCCUCAGCCUCAGUCUCGAUCUGGAUCCCGAAGGACACGAGCAAUCUGCCUGUCCACAGGUUCCCGGAAACCCAGAGGGAGGUAUACACCAUGCUUGGCAGAACCUGAUAGUGACUCUUAUAGCAGCAGCCCAGACAGCACACCCAUGGGGAGCAUUGAGUCACUGUCCUCUCACUCCUCUGAACAAAACAGCACAACCAAGUCUGCUUCCUGCCAGCCCAGGGAGAAAUCUGGAGGGAUUCCUUGGAUUGUAUCCCCAACACCUUCCAAUGGACAGAAAAAUCUUGGACUCUGGACAACUAGUCCUGAAUCAAGUUCUAAAGAGGAUGCAACCAAAACAGAUGCAGAAUCAGAUUGCCAAAGUGUUGCCUCGGUCACCAGCCCAGGGGAUGUUUCCCCACCCAUAGACCUGGUCAAGAAGGGGCCAUAUGGGCUUUCAGGACUGAAAAGAGCCUCAGCUUCCUCUCUCAGAUCCAUCUCUGCAGCUGAAGGAAGCAAGAGCUACAGUGGAUCCAUUCAAAGCUUAACUUCUGUAGGUUCCAAAGAGAUACCCAAAGCCCCGCCAAACCCAGACCUGCCUCCAAAAAUGUGCAGGAGGUUAAGGCUAGACACUGCCUCAAGCAAUGGCUACCAGCGACCUGGCUCUGUUGUGGCAGCAAAAGCCCAACUGUUUGAAAAUGCUGGUUCACUUAAGCUGGUUUCUUCUGGGCGCCAAGCCAAAGCCAUGUACUCUUGUAAAGCAGAGCACAGCCACGAGCUUUCCUUUCCACAGGGGGCGAUAUUUUCUAAUGUGUACCCAUCAGUGGAACCAGGAUGGUUGAAAGCAACUUAUGAAGGCAAAACAGGACUAGUUCCAGAAAAUUAUGUUGUCUUCCUCUAAUACUGUUUAGUGGAUGGCAGUAUCUUCAUGGUAUCCAUGGUAACAAUAAUAAGUGCUAUGAUUUUAUCUGACACAGAUAUGGCAAUCAGCCCACUAAAUGAAAAGUAAAUUUCUAUCAAGUUUGUACACCGGCAGACUAUGUAGCCCCCUAUAAAUGGAAAAGAAAAAAAAA